AUGGCUUUACAUAACAACGAAGGAAGGACUGUUACCAAGUUCUUAAAGAGGUACAUUUUCAAAAGGUUUGGCACACCAAGGGCUAUUAUAAGUGAUGGUAGCUCCCAUUUCUGUGAUAGUCAAUUUGAAAAACUUUUAUCCAAGUAUGGGGUGAAAUACAAGUUUUCUACACCAUACCACCCGCAAACUAGUGGACAAGUUGAGGUGUAUAACAGAGAAAUCAAGAAUAUAUUGGCAAAAAUAGUGAAUGACAACCGCACAGAUUGGUCUAGCAAGCUUGAAGAUGGAAUGGCCAAUGUACUGGCCAAUGACUUGAUUAGGAAGUCUUCUAGUAUGGGGAGUCUUGCUACUAUCAGUGUUGGUGAGAUACUGUUUGCUAGAUAUGUUCAUAGAUUAGCCAACAAUCGUAUUCAAUUGAAGAUUUCUGAGGAGAGUGAUGGUUUGAUUGCUUUCGUGGAGGCUCGGUUUUCCUUAGUUGAGUAG